GCGCUCGACGGAGACGCCGGCGUGCCCUGACCCAAGGUGGCCGCCGCGGCUUCAGGCGGGGCGUGAGAGGCGGGAGGGGGGCUCGUCAGCCCAGCGCCCCCCCUCCCCUCCCCUCCCCCGCCAUGCCCCGCCGGUUGGAGCGGCUGGCCAACGUGGUGCUGCGGGUGCCCCCCGUCGCCCUCCUGGACCUGCUCUACCGGUGGGAUGCGCAGGCCUUCGCCGACUCGGGGCGCCCCCUGGCGGGGCAGUUUCAGCUGCGGGGGGGCCGCCUCUGGGGCCUCUACUACGCCGGUCACCUGCUGUGCCUGAUGGUCUUGGUGCUCCCGCUCCUCUCCCUGGUGCAACUCUACCUCCACCUGCUGGCCCUCCUGCUACUCUACCUGUCCCACCAGGUAGCCUGGGACUACAUAGACCAUGAGGUGGGGCAUGGAUUCCAGGGCGCCAUCUAUGAGGACCCGGUGGCCCUGGGGCACUUUGCCACUGCAAUGACUGGGCAGGUGGCGGUCAUCGCCCUCUGCGCUCUGCUGCUGAAGACCCGGCAGGCGGGGCUGCUCUGCGCCCCCCUCCUCCCGCUGGCUGCCCGGCUGUGCUGCCUCCCUCCCCAGGCUCUGCCCACCGUCAGCUCCUGCGGGGCGGCCCUGGCGGCCCUGCAGCUCCUCCACGCGGCCGCUUCCUCCCUCCUGGGGCUUCUCCGCGGGGCUGUGCGCGGCUGCCGAGAGAUCCUGCAGGACCCGGAGGCCGAUCGGCUGGUGACUCUGGCCGGGUCCCUCUGGAGGCGGCUGGCUCUGCCGGUGGUCUUCUGCUCCUUCUGGCUGGUCCUCUUCGUCCUGCAGAUCUUCAGCCUGGCCUCCUCCUCCUCCUCCUCCUCCGGCCCCCUUCGGCCCCAGCAGGGCUGCCUCUUCCUCCUCCUCAGAAGCGUGGCCAGGUGCUGCAGCUCCCCCUACUCCCUCCUCGGACUCACCUGCGCCGUCUCCUACCUGGCCUUGGGGUUCCUCCAGCUGACCAGGCUCUAUUUAAGUGGCUGCGGAGGCCUCCAGGAUGACAGCGUCACCCACAGGGGCGUGACGGAAGGGGCGACGCUGUUGCUGCUGGCCAUCCAAACGGGCCUGCUGGGCCUCCAGCUCCUCCAGAGGACCUACCUGCUCACCAUCAUCUUCUUCAUCGUGGCCACCUCCACCCUCCAGUCCGUGACCGAAAUAGCCGAGCCGGUCCUUUUGGGUCUGGGGGCCUCGCAGAACAGGAAUUUCUGGAAACACUUCCGUGGCGUGACCCUGUGCCUGUUUCUCUUGGUGACGCCGGGCGUCAUGGCUUACAAGAUCGCCCACUUCUUCCAGCUGGACUUCUGGCUGGUCAUCCUCAUCUCCAGCUGCAUGUUGACCUCCCUGCAGGUGACGGGGACCCUCUUCGUCUACGGCCUCUUCCUGUCCGAGCUCCUGCAGAAGACCCCCGUGGAGAAGAUGGACGAAAUCCUUUACUGCGUCCAGGCCGUCAGCCGGGUGCUGGAGUUCCUGGUGGCCCUGUGUGUGGUGAGCUACGGCACCUGGGGCUCCAUCGUGGGGGAGUGGACGUGGCUGGGGGCCUCGGUCAUCAUCGUCCACUGCUACUUCAACGUCUGGCUGAGGGCCCGAUCCGGCUGGAAGAACUUCUCGCUCCGCUGGGAGGCCGCCAAGAAGAUCGGCUUGCUACCGAGGGCCACCAGCAGGCAGCUGGAGGACCACAACGACCUGUGUGCCAUCUGCUUCCAGGAAAUGACCCUCGCCGUGAUCAUGCCCUGCGGCCACAUUUUCCACGAAGGCUGCCUUCGCAAGUGGUUCUAUGUGCAGGACACCUGUCCCCUCUGCCACCAGGCGGUUCAAGUCCCGGCGACCCGGGAAGUCCAGCGAAGCCACGCUGGAGCAGAGGAGACAUUCCAGCCGGAGCGUGGCCGAUCCGUCAGCCACCAGAACACAGCAGACGCCAACAAUGACAGCCCGCUGGACCCCGGCACGUCGAGUUGCGCAGAGCAGCCUGGGCUUCGGCCACGGGGGUCUGCUGGGAAGACCCUGUGAGUCCACGAGGGGCUGUAUCUGGGCUGUCCCAAGAAAGAGCCCCCACCGCAAAAGGAAAUGACCAACUGCCUGUGCUGGAAAGUCCGGAAAAACUCAGGGAAUCGGUAGAGGUCCGGUGUAUGGGGCAGCACCUUCCCCAAAGCGAGCUCUGAGAUUACCCAGUGUGCAAUGAGGCACCGGUCCCCCUUGGCCCUCGGCGCCUCGGAGUGCCGAGGGGCGUCGGGAGAGGAUCACGGCAACAACCGCCAGCCAUCCUCGCGAUGCAGAGAUUGUGGGCGAGGUUCAGGAGAAACCGGACGCUAUCUGUGAGCAACUGGACAGUCUCAGGAACAUCCUCCCCGCAUCCCUUCCUGACCCUCAGCCGUCGCUCGCGGGUAUUUCUCCCAAAAAAACCUUGUAUCCCCUAACCUGCCUUCCGGCUUCCCCUUACCCUGUCAAUUGCCUUUUGCCGGUCUAACUCAGGAACCUCAACCGGAGAAGUGUAUUUUUCAAACCAUGCACAGUGGGGGCUCGGAAAGCCCGUUGCUGCGUUCACCUUUUUUUGUGAUCGGAAAACCCGCCGGCUCGAUUCUCCGAACAAGGCAGGCUGACGUCAGCCUGGUAGCUGGGCUCUGCGGCUUCCUCGUGGAUUUUUGGGGAAGGGGGAGCAACGGGUGGCAUUUGGCAAGUCCAUAAGGCGGGCAGGUAACUCGCCUGGCGUCCCAGGGGUGACCCAGCCCAGUGAGGCCACAAAACACGGCGCAGGUGAGAAUUCCUCUCUACCCUCUUCUGCCCAUUGCGUGUUGUGGUAGUUGUGUUGCAGAAGAUCCGCCCCAGGCCUCUUGCUCUCUGGCUAAAUAAAGCAUGCAGGCCACUUUAAGGCACGUGGACUUCAACUCCCAGAAUUCCCUAGCCAGCCAUAAGCCCCCCGCUGGCUGGGGAAUUCUGGGAGUUGAAGUCUACAUGUCUUGAAAUGGGCAAAAAUUGGUACAUGUGAAAUAAAGGGGAGGGGUGGAUUUCCAGCAUGCGAAGAGGAAGAAAAGAAAAAAAACCCACAAUUAGAGGACAGAUUGGGGCGGGGGGAUUAUGGGGUCAUUAACCCCAGAGUGGGACCCCCCUCAAAUUCAAACCCGACCAGCAUGAUUAACCCUCAAAUCCUGAAGAAUCAGCCGCUAAAAUCUGACGUGCCAAAGUGGGCUUAACUUUACCAAAAAGAUUUAAUCACACGGGUGGACUUUUUAAUAGGGUGGGGGGAGAAGGGCAGGAAUUGGGCGGUUUCGUGCGAACGGCAAAUUCUUUGACUCUCUAAAAUAUCUCCGUUGUGAGUGGA